AAAGCAGACCCAACGAGAGACAGAGUUGCACCAACCACCACUCUUUCUCAACGAACGGCAUCAUAGCAGUUGUACAGGCAAAGCAACAGUCUCGUCUUCAGAUUAAAAUGAACCAUGACAUUGGACUCGUAAAAACUAAUUUCUUAACAAAGUUUUACUGCUUAACUCCCAACUAAACUUUCGAAUCUGUGCUGAAGGCCCUCGCUACGACUCGCUGUCUCUGAAUACUUAACGAGGAGGACUCUGACUGGCCGGCAACAAAUUUCAGUUUAAACAUUGGUGGGCUCCCUUACAUACCAAACCACUGUUGUUCUUCAAGUAAGGGGAGGCAUCGCGAAAGUCAGGAGAAGCCAGCCAGCAUGAAAGUAGAGUACGAUAUUCCCCGUUGCCCCAUGGACGUCUGAAUCUUGCAUAGAUACAGGUGGAUGAAUAUGUAACAAGGGAUUGCCAAGUAGGUUACCAGAACAAAGAAAAAUUGUACUUUUACAACUUGUGUUCCUUUAGCACACCUAAGGAAUGUCCCACAAACGAACCAUUCUUGUGUUUGCAACCCUCUAGGACUCUGAGUGACUUUGUGCAUAGGUUCGUUAUGAACCUCGUGAAUUUUCCUCAAGGACCAUGUCACUUAAUUGCAACGUCGUCUAACGACUCUUUUCAGGGAAAUACACGGUAGUGUUGUGUGACAUUUGAUAGUUGACUUGAAGGAUGCAUUAAGAUAAUAAGGGGACCUCCACCUGGUGGAACUUGACCCAUGUGCAGUGAACUUUCUAUAUAUACGGAGUCAAAUAACGAGUAAAGUGACUACCAAGAGACAUUGUCUUGUAACGACAGGACGACGACGAGGACGACGACGAGCAGGAGGCAAGUAAAGAGUAUUAAUCCGGGGUGGUUUGAGAGAGAAAAGGAUCACUGUCUUGAAAUCUGGAAUCAAUAUCUCCUUCUGCUACUCCCCCCGGUCUCUCUUCGUGAUAGUGCUAUUGUAACAGUCCGGACCAACCACAAAAAGAUUAAUGUAGCAAGCAAGUGGUUGUUGCACUCAGAACCGCACGAUUACGAUUACUACAUCCCACUCAUCUGAUCAAAUAAAUAAAUUGACUUUGCCCAGUGAUUCUAAAACUACAAGUGUAAUUCAAGAUUUAUACUUUCACUCUGGGGAUGCUCAUAUGCAGUACUUCUGCUCAGUAAAUAUACUCCACAAUACAAUCCACUCACAAACCAGACCUUUGUACAUACAUACCCACUGACCUACAUGCAAUAUGAUUGUUCCAGGAAAAUACUUGAGAUUUCUCUUGUUCAGUUGAAAGUCAAAACGUCAAGUUGUUUCUUAACCAUCUGACAGCGGGACUGACAGCAUUUCUUCACGCCGCUUUCAACAAAUAAAUAAUUUUACAAUAAGCGACGACCUUGCACUAAUACAUUCUUUCUGAAUCCAGCAAGUGAAAUUGUAAGAGACGGGAUUAUGCGUACAAAAAGAUGCUGAAAUUUCGGAAAAGGCAUCAACUCAAUUCGACCUACAGGCUACAUACACCAGCGAUCUGCAUGUACACUUUUGAAGGGUAGAGUUCUGUCGGAGGCAUCUUGAGUCAACGUCUGUUCACUUUUUCUCAAGUUGUCGAGUCCAGAUAGCGCAUAACGGAAUCGCCUAAUGACCACUUCACCACCAUUAUUGAGAGGAGGAAAUGAGAAAGCACUGCAAACGUCUUUUAAAAUAUCACAAACACUGCAAAGUUGAAAACUAAGUACUGGGGUACACUUACGUCUGCAUGUGUCGAGGAGUGAAGUUGUCUUUGUUCCUACACUAUUCAGAGAGGAAAAUUACGGAAAUAUGACUGCUACGUGACUACGUGAGAUAAAGAAUCUCUCAUCGUUGUUCUCAGUCUAUUACAAAAAAGCAAUAAAAACACGGUUUUUAUAAUAUUCUAACGAACUAUGUAUGUACGACUACUGAAUUUCCGUUAGAAGAAGAAGAAGUGACAUUUCCCAAACUCUGAAACUGAAACAAUUGCCGGUGGAGGAUGAAGAAGCUGGUGUAAAUGAGGGCAGAUAGGGAAACAACCAAGAGACCGUGAAAGGAAAUGGCCUCUCCAUUUAUGCAUACAACAUACAAAUAAAUUUCCGAAUACGGGUUUCCAAUCACCAACGAGUUCUUCCCACUGGUUUUGACCAUUUUGGAAUCUUGCGUGAUUGCUUAAACAUCCAGACAGCAAUCGAAUUUUGGAUUUCGUGUGUGGUUUAUAUAAAUAAGUUAACUCAUGCCUCCAAUUUGUGUGGGGUAGGAAACAGCAGAGUCUCAUUUACGUAAAGGAAUGGACAAAAACUAUGACGAGUAAAAUUUAAUUUAAAAUUGGACUACGCUCACCAAACUAAACUUUAUACAUAUGCAGCUGCGCAUGUAUACAUACAAACGUCUUGACCAAGUUCAUUGUAAAAUAUUUACUGCAUAUUUAUUGUCGUAUUAUAUUGUGAUUUAAAUUUUCAUCCUCUUCUCAAACCGAGUGGGGGAAAAGAGUUUGCAAUUUGGUGACAAUUUGAAAUAUUAAAUUGACUCAUUUCAGGUUCAUUCCCGUGGCUUUGUGGCCAAAGUUUAAAUGAGUUCUUGGCGUCGAACCCAAAUUCGCUCCAACGGCUGAGUACUUCAAGGCCUAUAGUCCAAAUAACGGGACGUAUCUCCGUGAAGCAUCUUAUCCUCUCCAACUGAAUACCACGUUAUCAUCUCCAAUCUUUGUAAUAAGCCUAAUUUUGCCUCACUACAUUAACAACCAUACAUAAUAUUAGCGCUUCAAUGCGGUAUGCAUACAUGCAUGACGAAAAAUAUUCUGACGAGGGGAGAGGUGUCUAAGAGAGGACGGGAAGAUCUAAAAAUCUAAAAUGGGUGAAAGCAUGAGAGGCGAUGUGAGCCAACAAUGCUGAUGCUGGAGUACGUAUUGGGUGUUACAGUGCUCGUGGUUGUGGUGGGGUUUGCACUAAACGCUAAUGCCGAUUUCGGACCUUCUCCGCUCCUUCUCCUACUUAACCCUCUAUGUUUUCACUAAUGGAAAGCCACUCAGUGACCAAGAAGAAGAAGAUGCUCCACUUCCGACGACCACUCUUCGCAUCUGACCGUAAUCGUGGGAAUUAUCAUCGUAUUAUUGAUCAUUCGAUUGUCCUCUGCUGCUGCUGCUUGGUCGAGCUAAUUCUCCUUGUUCCAUCCGAAUGCAUCCCCCAAAUUACAGGCCAAAUCAUUCUAAAGGCGAAUGUACUCUAUGUGACUCUAUUUCUGCUUGUUACACUAGUAAAGUAUUUGUGGAACAUAUAUGUCAAAAUCCCAACUCAACUUAACAAGUAUAGAAAAUAUGUGGCAAACAAGGGUGCAAAAUCUGCAGGAGCAGUCUUGUUUCAACGCCGAGGAAAGAAAGUGAUAUCCGUGGCCACGAUAUGUCAAUGUCUCGAGCCCACUCAUUUCACUAAUGGUUCAUUAUCAACGGCUGCAACAUUUUGUCAAAUAUUCACCCGACAGGGGCACAAACCGGGGCCUGAACAUAUAAUUCAGACCAAUGGGGAAAGUCGUCCCAACAUUUUAUCCAAUUCCCAAGAAAACAUCAACCACAAUAAGUGCUACUUAUCCUUAAAAUCAAGCAGAUCACUAUAAACAGUACAGUAUUUAGUAGUGCGGCCUGCGUGUGUAAGUCCCACAGAAACAAUUAGAAACUGCAAUUAAAAUCAUAAUUUGUUUCUAUAGCCGAAUCAAUUCAGAUUCAAAUAAGAAUAUUUAAAAAAAAAUCUCCACUAAAAAAAGUAAUUUUGUCAAUUUUUGUGAAGUUUUAGAUAUCGAAACACGUUUAAUUUUUUUGUUCGUGCUGUAAAACCAUCAAGAAAUCGGACAAGAAUCACAAUAACACCAACAUUGCAUUUCGUUCCUACAACAGAGAACGCUGCAAAGUGAUCCCACCCAACUUGUGUUUACACGUGGUUCGCUGUACAAACACAGAAAUUGGCUGAACAGAAGCGGAGGCCAAACUUUAGCUUGGUGCACGAUGGCAGGGGCGGCAGGAGCGCUCGUCGGUAUGUCCAAGUCGCGACAAUCAUUGGGUAUUAGACAUAGAACAUCUUCGGUGGAGGAACUCUCAGAGAGACGUUCCUCCAUAAGAAAGUCCCUCGAAAGUGGUUUGGGUUUGGAUGAGGAGGAAACUGUGGAAGGACCAGUUAAAGCCAAAUUUAUGCCAUUUUUUCGUAAAUUUUGGCCUCAUCUAGAACAACAAGAACAUGAAUCCGCCAAGAGGUACGCGGACGGGAGUGUGGGAGACGAAUUAGUUGUUGACGAGCCUACGGACUCCCUGAAAUCGAUCAAUCCUUCCUGGUACGGCAGCAUUCUGGAAGAGGUGGAUCCCUUCAUCCCUUCAGAUACAUUUUGCUUGAUAACCAAAAAGUACAAGAAAAACUACAUUUACCGGUUUUCUUGUUCCAAAUCACUCUUCCUAAUCGGCCCUCUAAACCCGUUGAGAAGACUGGCAAUCUGCAUUGUGACUCAUCAAUGGUUUGACAUUCUCAUAAUACUCACAAUUUUGGCCAACUGCGUCACCCUCGCCAUGGGACAAAACAAAUUUCAAAAGGAUGGAAAAACGUACGAGCCAGUCAAGAUGAAUUAUGAAGCAGAGUUAAAUUAUAUCGAGUAUGGUUUUCUGGGAGUCUAUACGCUGGAGAUGAUGCUUAAAAUUUUUGCCAAAGGAUUUGUAUUAAAUAAAUUUUCAUAUUUGCGGAACAAAUGGAACAUGUUAGACUUUGUAGUCUGGAUUUCGUGUGUCUCGUCCUAUCGGGGAUCGGCAAGUGCAUCGAGUACUGGAAAUGACCUGGAAGCACUUCGUACACUGCGAGUUCUCAGAGCAGUGAAAACCAUCUCAAUUUUACCCGGCCUACGAAUGAUGAUCAACGCCCUUCUUAGCUCUGUCGUUCAACUCUUAGAGGUCAUGGCCCUUACGCUCUUCUGCUUAAUGAUCUUUGCACUGUUUGCUCUAGAAGUUUACAUGGGAAAAUUACGUCACAAGUGUGUCAAAGAAAUUCCAGCUGCGGACAUUCCGUCGAAUGAGAUUGAACGCGAUUAUCACUGGAAGCAAUGGGUGGAUAAUCCUGAAAACUGGCUGACACGAGACUUUCCAAAGGAAAAUGAGUUUGUGAUGUGCUCUAAUGACAGUGGAACUCGGUGGUGUCCCACGGGAUUUGUCUGCCUGGGAAUGAGAGGAGAAAAUCCAGACGAUGGCUGGUCUAGCUUCGACAAUUUUUUUGCAUCCAUGUUAACUACGUUUCAACUCAUUACUCUUGAUUACUGGGAGCGAAUCUACGACUUGGUGCUGUCAACAUCGGGUCCAUGGAGUAUACUAUUCUUCACCAUGGUGGUAUUUCUUGGAUCAUACUACCUUCUAAAUUUGAUGCUUGCUGUCGUAACAAUGAGCUACGAGGCUGAGGCAAACGUUAAUGAUCAGGGUCAGCUCACAAAACACCAGAAACUUUCUCUGGUGCGUACCCAUUCCACGUUCAGCUUUGAAGAUUUAACCAAGCUCAACAUAAAGGAAAUGACUCACUACCGCAAACGGACGGCGUCGGAACGUGAAAUGAUAGCAAAGAAGCUGAGAAAUUCUUCUCUAGGUAAACGUAAGCCCCGUCGCGCAAUAAGGCGCAAACAACAAAAUGUCAACAAAGGGGCAGAGUUGACUGUGACCGAGGCAGGUGACACUGAGACGAUGGGCACUCCAAAUGUGAAAAGUGCAACUGGAAGUAUUUGUGGUGAUUCAGUGUGUGGGGCUGUGAGUGUGAUUGGUGGUGGGAGUGGAGGGGACGCUGAAAGUGGUGGUGCAGUGGCCCAUUUUGUUCGCGGAAGUGUCAGUUUUGACCACUCCAACAAACAACCAUCUCCAAUCCCCCGCCCCUCCUCCUCUGGGGACAAACGGCCAAACAAGCCAAAAGACUCGGCUGAGUGUAAAAGGGGUGAAGCGAGCAAGGGGGGGAAGAGAACUUCCUCUUCCUCCCUCAUGUGUAGAGUGAAAAAACAGUGCAUAAAAACCUCUGGUGGGGGUGCUAGUGUGAUAAGUGUGACUAAAUCGAUGGGUUCGAGUGGGACUAGUGGUGGUGGGAAGCGUGUGAGUGGACGUGUCAAAACUGUCAGUGACAAAGACCGAAAUCGUUUCAUUUUAGAGACUGACGAUGAGCCCACUCCUCAGGGACGAUUUGGUGACGCCAUUCUCAACUUGUUGGGAAAAAGGAAGACCAGUGAGGACGAACUGGGUAAGGAAACGCGGAUGUUGCAAAACCUGCAGAAUGAAAGCCCUCAGACGUAUGGUAUCUUGGGGAUGCCAUCACAUAACCUUCCUGCAGUUUCUACCACCACCACAUCCAAGGCCACACCUUCCAGCACAACUCGCAUGAUUGCUCCGGAUGCUUCCGUGGCUAUAAGCAUCGACGGAGGUCAGGGUGGCGCUGAGAGUGGCGGGGACCCUGACUUGGAAGGCGUACCGGAGGAUGGAGAAUGGGACACUUUUCAGGAAGUUGAGCCAGCUGAACCGAAACAUUUGUUUAUGAGACAUUGUCAACGAGUUGCAUUUUUUAUGAGGACGCGGCUUCAGCCGAUGGUCAAUCACUGCUUGUUCGAGGUAUUCGUUACCAGCUGUAUUAUCUUCAACACAGUACUCUUGGCGUUAGAGCGUCACGGACAAGAGGAAUCCGAAAGAUAUAUUAUGGAAACUGGGAAUAUGGUGUUCAUGAUUAUUUUUACGGUGGAAGCCUUCGUCAAGAUGCUUGCUCUCCAAGCUGAUUAUUUUAGAUCAGGAUGGAACAUAUUCGACCUAAUUAUUGUUACGAUAAGCUACGUCGAGAUUCUCUUGCAAACUAUAACCAUUAGCUUCAGUGUAAUUCGAGGGAUGAGACUGUUACGAGUGUUCAAGUUAGCUCAAAGCUGGAUAACCAUGAAAGUGCUGCUAAACAUAAUUUUCUCCACCUUUGGGGCUCUGGGAAAUCUAACGUUGGUGCUUCUCAUUGUCAUCUACAUUUUUUCUGUGAUGGGUAUGCAAGUCAUAGGAAACCGUUAUAGUCCAAUGGCAUUCGAUGCUGAUGAAGACCCUGCCAAUUUUCCAAGGUGGCAUUUUCAAAACUUUUGGUAUGCUUUCAUGAUGGUAUUUCGAGUUCUUUGUGGAGAAUGGAUCGAACCUUUGUGGGACUGCUUGCAAGCCCACAAAUUUAGGGCAAAGGACCAACAGUGGAAGUGUUUUGUAAUAUUUCUUCCCAUCCUAAUUGUGGGCAACUUUAUUGUCCUCAAUCUCUUCUUGGCUUUGCUUCUCAAUAGCUUCAAUACGGAAGAGCUCAAGGCGCAAAGGGAUAAAGAAAUUGAAGCGACGGGAAGGUCGGACAAUUUAAAAACAAUUGUCGGAAUGUUAUUAAAAAAAGACCAGAAAAAUAAGCAAUCCCGUGUCCCAACCGAUUCUGGUGAUGCAAGAAAAACGAUUCCAAAGGUUUCUGUUAUCUCAGCCCCAAAUAGUCCGACAGCAUCUUCGCCCUCAGACUCAAAACCGCCAGACCAAUCCAUUAUUGUAAACCAGGACGCUGGUGAUUCUCGUCAAACUUCCACGGAAUCAGAGCUUACACCAAUUCCUCCUGCGAGAGCUCGCUUUAGACAUUGCGCGAGAAAAGUCAUUCUCCACAAUCGGAAGCAAAUUGCACUUCGAGCUAUAGAUAAUGCCAAGGACUAUUUAGAAGAACGACAUGCCCGUGCUGGAUUUCUUUUAAAACCCACGGAAAACAGACGUGGGAGCAUGUAUGGUCUAAACUCUGAGAAUACUCCAACCUUAACGGACAGCAAUAGAAUGGUGGCUCCUGGCGACUGUAUCCCCAAAAAAUGUUGGAAUGCCAGUUGCAGCUGCUGUGAAGCGAUACGGGGAUGGGAUUGGACAACAUGGGAUAAAAUACGACAGUUUUCUGUGACAAUUGUUGGCAACCCCACGUUCGAGUGGAUGAUUCUCACCUUGAUCUUUGCAUCCAGCAUUACUCUGGCCUUCGAGGAUAAGCAUUUGGAUAGCAAGCCGGAUUUAAAAGCUGCCCUAUUUUGGCUCAACCUAAUUUUCACAAUUAUAUUUGUCAUUGAAAUGCUGCUGAAAUGGUUGGCGAUGGGAUUGUGGGGAUAUUUUACAAACAUUUGGACAAUUUUAGAUGCCUUCAUUGUUGUUAUAAGCCUAAUUUCCAUCUACUAUGAAAUUGAAGCCCUUCAACAGGCGGCCACAAACGGUGCACAAGCCGGAAAGUCAAAUAGCAUUGGGGCAUUUAAAGCUUUACGAACGUUACGUGCAAUGCGUCCACUUCGAGCCAUAUCGAGAUGGCAGGGAAUGAAGAUUGUGGUGAAUGCACUCAUGUACGCGAUCCCCUCUAUUUUCAACGUCUUGCUUGUCUGCUUGCUGUUCUGGUUGGUGUUUUCAAUCAUGGGUGUACAAUUCUUCAAGGGAAAAUUUUACAAAUGUGUUGACACAUUUGGUAAAGUGCUUGAUGCUGAGCUUGUUCCGACUCGAGAGGUUUGCUGUGAAAAAAGCUCCAUUGCGAAUUAUUCUUGGAUAAAUACUACCCCAAAUUUUGACAACGUCCUUGAGGGAUAUCUCGCAUUAUUUCAAAUUGCCACGUUUGAGGGAUGGAUGGAGCUGAUGAGAUCUGCAGUGGACUCCACGGAAGUAGGUCGGCAACCCAUGCGGGACAAUGGGCUGGUGUACUAUAUAUUUUUUGUAAUAUUCAUCGUAUUUGGGUCUUUCUUCACCCUCAACCUCUUCAUUGGUGUUAUCAUUGAUAAUUUCAACAUGCUAAAAAAGAAGUAUGAAGGCAAUCUUCUCGAAGUAUUAUUAACACCGAGUCAGCGUCAUUAUUACACAGCAAUGAAAAAAUUGGGAAGAAAAAAGCCUCGCAAAGUUAUAAAACGGCCAAGCAAUAAUUUUAUUUCGCCAUUCUAUGACCUCUCUAUGUCACGCCGGUUUGAAAUAGCAAUAUUCAUCAUGAUCUUCAUUAAUAUGGUAGUAAUGGCAUUCGAGCAUUACGGUCAGCGGCAAAUAUUUGUGCAUCUUCUUGCCGGCUUCAAUUCAUUCUUUACCACAAUAUACGCAUUGGAAGCCAUAGUCAAAAUCAUAGGACUGAGACACUACUAUUUUACCGUGCCAUGGAAUGUGUUCGACUUCGUUCUCGUUCUUGCGUCCAUUGUGGAUUUGAUGGUUGGAGACCUGACCGUUGAAUUUCCAAUCCCACCAACAAUGCUUAGGAUUGUUCGCGUCUUCCGUAUUGGUCGAGUACUUCGACUCGUUAAAGCUGCCAAAGGUAUUCGGAAACUGCUAUUUGCUCUAGUGGUAUCACUACCGGCUCUCUUUAAUAUUGGGGCACUUUUGGGAUUGAUUACAUUUAUUUAUGCAAUAUUGGGAAUGGCUUUGUUCAAAGAUGCUCCAAAGUACAAUUCAAUUGAUGACGUAUUUAACUUUGAAACCUUUGUAAAUAGUGGUUUAAUGCUGUUCAGACUCAUGACUGCGGCUGGUUGGAAUGAUGUACUGGACGCCUUGACCAAUGAAGAACCAACAUGCGGAAGUUAUAGAAAAAUUAUUUGCGGACGAGAUGACGAGCCAGAGUGCCCAAAUCGUGGAUACGCCGUUGCCUACAUUGUCACUUACAUCAUCAUCAGCUUCCUUAUUGUGAUUAACAUGUACAUUGCAAUAAUUUUGGAAAAUUUUGUGGAGGCCAAUCGAGAGGAAGAAGUUGGAAUUGUGGAGGACGAUCUGGAAAUGUUCUACGUUCGUUGGUCACGUUAUGAUCCGCAAGCCACUCAGUUUAUUAACUUUGAUCAAGUAUCAGAUUUUUUGUCCAGCCUGGAUCCACCUUUAACUUUGCCAAAGCCUAAUCUUGUGGCCAUUGUUGCAUUUAAUCUUCCCAUCGCUCGAGGAAACAAGAUUCAUUGCUUGGAUAUACUCCACUCAUUAGUAAAACACGUUUUGGGUCAAAUUGAUGAUUCCGAGGAAUUUAGAAAGCUUCAAGAUCAAAUGGAACGAAAGUUUCAAAAACAGUUCCCCACACGCAAACUUUUGGACGUUGUUUCGUCCACGAGGACUUGGAAGAUUCAGCACAACUCGGCCAUAAUAAUUCAGCGAACAUGGCGCAAGUACAUACUUCGCAAACACCCUCCUCCUGAGAAGCAAAAGUCUACUCAAACAGUCAAAGUCGGAAUUACUUCGAGUCAUCAAGGUGGAGUUGAUAAACUGUGGAGGAAAAUAAUCGGGGGUAGUCAUGAUCAAAAAGAGAGAAAAGGUCGUCGUGAGUCCAUCGCCUUGCGAGACCAGCCAAAUAGGGGCUCCAUUCGUAGCAAGAGGAGUCAACACAAAGAACAGCAACGCAACAGUGAAAGUAGUAUAUCAUCAUCAAGUCCGUUAACACGUGUAGAUACAAGUAGUGGUUUAAUUUUUGGGAGGGGUAGUUCGGGGGAUGGAGCGACUUCGGGGGGGAAUGGCAACAGAGGAAGACGACUGUCCCCAUCCCGUUUGAGUGGGGGGAGUUUUGAUGUUGCCGUUAAUUUUGGUAAUCAGUUGUCAGUGAUACGAAAUGCAAAUACAGCCAACAAUUGUCCGUCUCCUUUACCCUCGUGUCCUACCACACCGUCCUCUUUAGCAGAAGCGGAUGAGUCCGCGAGCAAUGUCACAGUUCAAGUGCAUCAUUUCCAAUGAUUAUUUUCGGCAAUCAUCUUGCGUGCGCAUAUGUUAAUGACAAAAUCAUACUAUAGCCAUUUGUUUAAAUCGUUUAUGCAUUAGGAUAUGUGUACAUAGGUCGUUUACGUAAUAACCGUCAUUCGAAAAUCUCUUAACUAAAUGUAUAAUCUGCGACUUAAAAGACAAAGAAUAAGCAAAUGUUUCCCAUGUAGAAGUGGUUGAUCAUUCCCCUGUGAAGUUAAUAGUUAGCUUUAAAAAGUCACUAUUCAAUUAUGAAUUACUUACUAGAAAAAUUAUGUAGCCAGAGGUUUAAUAAUAUCCAUGUGGAGCAGACAUGUUGAUUACAUACAUAAUUGUUGAGUACAGCUCAUCGUCAAUUACAGGUGAUAAAAAGUACAUUGAUUGUAUGACAUUUCAAGAAAACAAAACUUUGAGUAGGGAAUCACUCUACGCUUUGAAAUGGAUCUCGCGAUCGUAUUUACGUAUGUAAUGAGUUUCCCCUUAUUAAUUAUCUGAACGAUGGAAAAGAAUGUUCACUAUUAAAUAUUUACUUAAAUACCGCGAAGGAAAUGAACGGUCCCCUUGAAUAUCAUUAUCAUAUUCCCUGAGAAGGUUUAAAGCAGGCUACGACAUAUAUUUACUCAGGUCUGGAUACAAUACAAUACAAUUAUAGUUCUUAUGAAAUCUUUACCAUUCCUAAUAUUCAUAUAAGUACAUCUUCAGCGACAUUUAUAUAACAUUAUUACAACUCGAUAUUAUCCGUAACUUUGAUAAGUACCUUUAAAUCACUCUAACCUUAGCUAUACUGAUAAACAAUAACAAUUAAUAAAAAUACUACUAAAUAUGUAGACUACAAAGUCAAAUAAUUCCUCAUGUGGCUAACCUAUCCAUGCCUUGACCUUAGGCCUAACGACUUGAAGGUAAAAUUGUGACUCGUGCUCACAGUCUUAUAUACAAUCAUCUCCUUCCUCAUCCUCUACACUUUAUUGAAAAAUUACUAAAACUCUAGGAGUUUUGUUAGUUGUAGGUUUCUGAAUCUAUGUAAUUACUAGAAUUUAAUAUGUGUAGAACCCUUUUAUACAGUUUGUACUCGUAUUUAGAUCAUUCAAUCGUAUUGCCCGUUAGUGGAUGAAGCCAAAAGUAUACUUUUUCUAUAUCAAUAUACUUACUUAUUACCCAACAAACCAUAAUACGCACUCGUUAUCGUCAUUGCUUUUAUGGGUAAAUUAUUGUGAUACCUAACAUUGAAAUUUCAGCACCAUUACUUAAUGGUCACAAUCAUUUCGGUUCGUUUUUAAAAGUCACAGGAAUCAAACGAAAUUAUCCUUGAACUUGUAAGAGACACUCUAAUUACGCUUUUAAACACAUUGUACCUACGUCUACCUUGUAUCAAAUCUGUAUAAACACCUUUCACAUUCAUUGCUACAUUAAAUUACUACACAUUAGCUCACCACCUUACACACAUACAAAUUUUACUUCCCAAUGUGGGCGAACCCCUUUUAACAAUGUCACAACUUAACAAAUUUAGUCCUUAGUUGGGUAGUUAGUAAAAUGUAUUGUCGAUGGUAUGCAACAACCAUGCAACAGCACAAUACAGUUUCGGUUUUAAGAUAAAUAAAAAAUGUAAGUAGAACUUAUCAUUGCGAAGCUGCUGAGGAUGCAUUGUUGUGCAUUGAUUAUAUACGUAACCUUGUAAAAUAAAUAAUGUAAAAUUUGAUUGAACUGUCUGAAUUCAAUCCUAAAACUAAUCGAAUAUCAACGUUAUUACAGUUACUCAUUGUCAGAUUAAUAAAAAUAAAAAUUAAGAAAAGAAUAAUAAAGAGUCUUCCUUCCACGUUAAGUCAA